AUGCAUUAUGUCUGGCAGUUGCUGUGCGUCGUGGGGCUAAUCCUCUACGCCGUUUGGGGUAGCUACUUCAGGAGAAACCCACUAGAUAACAUUCCCGGGCCCCCUCGUCAGCGUUGGUAUACAGGAAACUUGGAACAGAUAUUUGCGCGGUAUGCAUGGGAUUUCCACGAGAUGCUUGCGGAACGCUACGGUCCAGUAUCGAAAUUUUAUGGGCUUUUUGGGGCAAGAGAGUUAUAUGUGUUUGAUCCAAAGGCUAUGUACCAUAUCAUGGUCAAAGAUCAGAACACUUUUGAAAUGGCUCCUACCUUUUUGGCGACAAACAAGGUCCUCUUCGGGGAUGGCCUGCUCUCGACAUUGGGUGAACAUCACCGAAAGCAACGGAAGAUGCUCAACCCUGUCUUUUCUAUCAGCCACGUGCGAGACAUGGUGCCUACUUUUCUUGAGGUGACGAAAUGUCUCCGAGACGGCAUUGCAGCGCAGGUAGAACACGGGCCCUGUGAAAUUAAUAUGUUGGAAUGGCUCAAUCGCACCGCUCUUGAACUUGUGGGGCAGAGUGGACUGGGGUACUCUUUUGAUUGUCUGAAAGAAGGCUAUGCCAAUCCUUACAGCGCUGCCGUCAAGAACCUCGUGCCAACAUUAUUCAAAGUGUCUGUCGCGAGAAAAAUUCUCCCAUUUCUGAUCAAUGUUGGUCCUCCUAACUUCAGGAGAUUCGUCGUGAAGAUUUUUCCUUGGAAGGCACUGAAGGAGAUCUGUGCUAUCGUCGACGUUAUGGACGAGGUAUCGACGAAAGUCUUUGAGGAAAAGAAACGUGCACUUUCUAAGGGAGACGACACAGUAUUGCACCAGUUGCAAGAAGGAAAAGACAUCAUGAGCAUACUGCUCCGAGCUAACAUGGAUGCUUCAGCGGAAGAUAGUCUUCCAGAUUCAGAGCUUGUGGCUCAGAUGAGCACGCUCCUUUUUGCCGCAACACAUACAACUGCCAGUGCCCUAUGUCGCACCCUUUUGACUCUUGCUCAACACCAAGAUGCACAGUACAGACUGUGCGAGGAAAUACAACAAGCAAUGACUGAACUUGGCGAGCUUGACUAUGAUGCCCUGGUGAAUCUGCCAUACCUCGAUGCAGUAUGUCGAGAGACACUGCGCUUGUACCCACCGGUUACUACCGCCACACGCACUGCAAGUGAUGAUAUAGUUCUCCCCUUUUCGCAUCCCGUCAAAGGGAAUGACGGGACAUAUAUGCACGAGAUCCUUGUGCCCAAGAGCACAAAUGUUGUCGUGUCCAUCCUGAACUCUAACCGAGAUCCUGAAAUCUGGGGAGACGACGCGCUUCAAUGGAAACCGGAAAGGUGGCUGUCUCCGCUUCCACAAAGUGUCAUUGAUGCCGAGAUUCCAGGGGUUUACUCUCACCUAAUGACAUUCAUUGGCGGCGCAAGAGCAUGCAUUGGAUUCAAAUUUUCAGAGCUCGAGAUGAAGACUGUCCUUUACAUGCUCAUCCCGACAUUCAAGUUCACUCCCACAAAAGAGAUCGAAUGGACCAUACAGAUGUCAUCUCCGAAUGUCAAAGGUUCUGAGGACGCUAAGUGGCAGUUGCCGCUCCGAGUCGAGUCGAGAUGA